GGGAAAAAUCUGCAUGAAAAAAUGUAAAUGGAUCAAAUCAGUAAGCCAAAUUUAAAACGGGCCAGCACCGAUCCCCACGAACAGCCCAACUCCAGGACUCCAGGACCAGCAUUGGCCAAACACCGGCUCUGAGGUCGUGUGUUGGACAUACGCCUUCAACCAACACCAGGCCCAACGUCAGGGUCCACACCAAGCAAAGCUGGAGGAAGAGCUACGAUGUACCGGUACAAGCAAACCCUCCAAAAGUGUGGAAAUGAUGAAGCAGUCCAGAAAACACGCAGUUUGGUUGCUGCCGAGGACAUCAUUUUCAGAAAAAUGGAGUGCAAAACAUACAUACUUCAAUUUUGCUGAGCAUCUGCAUGCAUUUGAAUAUCUUCAAGUGGGGCUGCAGUUGCCCAUGAGAUGGCUGGACCUGUGCUCAUGAGGCUUGCAGUGGGAGUUGGAACGUUGGGUUCAAGAGUUUGCAGGGAUGAUGGUGCUUGUAGAGAAGCAACUUCUGGCGUGCUACGCUGCACCAGGUAGUAGAAAGCAUCCCUUCUAUGGGAUACCGGUAGAGCAGCAGUUUUUUGGAACUGUGAGGGGAAGUCUACGGAUCUGCUCUUCAUGGGAGUAUUACCGGUACCGGUAUGAGAUGUGAGGGAGUGUAAUAAGAGUGCGCAAGUUUGUUUCACAGAAUGGACAUUCAUUCGUGCUUAAAAUAUCUUUUCUUUUUCUAAGAAGCUCGCCAGUACCGAUAGAAAAGGGAUCGCUCAUUCAGUAUCUCCCACCAAAAGGAAGGGAUGUGUAUUAACAUUGCUAUCCCAUCAAGCGGUUGCUCAACGCAGCCAUCCAACGAGUGAUCAUUAAAGCAACAGGCAGCUAAACCAUGUCGUUGUUCGACAAGUGCGACCUUUGCUUGGAACCCUUUGAAUCGAGAACAAAGAGGAACCAACAUGGAUAUCAGGAAGACAAGCGCCCUGUCAAGUCACAAGCAUGCAACCAUCUUUCCUACUGCAUGGAAUGCUUCGUGGCAUUGGUUCCCCUGGGCAAGGGCAAAUGGCAUCGUUGCCCAAAAUGUGGUGAUGAGGAAGCCUUCCUGAAAGAGAGGUUUUCACCAAAUGUAGAUUACUGCACUCAAAUCUCUAAGCGAAGUGAUCCGGCAUCUGCAAAGAGCCCUACCGGUACUAUAAAACAGGAGGACGAAACAGAGAAAGAGACACCGGAAUCUGAUUCUGAUUCUGAAAUCGAGGUAGUGGGAGUCAUACCACCUCCUCCGCGGCGGGGCAAUCCAAGGAGUGCAAAAGCAAGUGCAAAGCGACCCGCCAGUCAGCUUGACAGCAUGGCAAGUACUUCUGGCAGAAGGCAGAGGACAAACUCAGCUGAUUCGCCUCCCCAGAAAGUUCCUUCAGAGUCAUCAGGCGAAUCUACAAAUGGGGGCAAUGAAGAAGAGAGUGAGAGGCAAAACGAGAUUGCUACUAUUAAAGACGACAGUCAAGCCAGCCAACCUGAACCUGCUCCCAACGAUGUUGUUUCAGCAACCCCAAACUUCGCUGCUUCAGCAACCACAAGCUUCGCUGCUUCGGCAACCCCAAAUGUGGCUGCUUCAGCAACCUCUAACUUCAUUGCUUCAGCAACACCAGACUUCGCUGUUUCGGCAACCCCAAACGUCGCUGUUCCAUCGGCCCAAGCCGCAGCAUCCAAUUGUAAUAACCAAAAUGGGGCCCCCGAUUCUCCACCGAGUGCUGCAGUUGAAGCUCCUGAAGCUGUCUCGAGUGGGGGUCCAGUGGCGGAAAGAACCGAGUCUGCCGCGACAGCCUUGCCGAGGACGGCUCCGGGGGCUGGGCCUGAAGCAUUGCUUGGUGAAUCGGCAUCCUUGCCAAAUCCAGAGGAGCUCUUUACCAAAGAUAACUUCCUUUCAAACUCAACAAGCGUAUUCCAUAUCAAUCCCUUCCUUAGCAAGAGCAAAAACGGCAAUAAAAAGAGCAACCAAGGUUUUGGGACCUUCAUUGCAGCUAAAGCUGCCACCAUUGGAUUUGCAGCAUAUACCCAAAACUAUUUGAACCUCAAGUCAGACGGGCACACAGAUGAAGCCAUCAUCGGCAUUUUGAAAGCAGACGACUAUUACAACAAAAGUGCCUUUACGCAGGUGAAAAUGUUUGAAAAUUCAGUACGAGUUGGUGAUUUUAUCUUGAUGAGACACGAAUAUCCACAGUGUCGCUUCAUGCCUGCAAGGUUGCUGGGCGAUGAGGGCUACAUUGGCCCAGUGUAUGUUUUGGGAGUUGUGACUGCUCGCCCAUCGGAUGGCUACAAUGAUGUGGUUGAUUAUUUCACGAAAUCGCACAGCCCCACGUUCGAUGAAUUCACAUGCCGACAAUGGACUUUUUGCCGCGUACACUUUCUCAGGAUGGGAAAGAAGUGCGAUCUGGAGGAUUCCACAAUCAGAUACCUUUCAUCUGUGUGUCAGCCCACCAUUGCGCAUAUCUGUCAAGCCGGGAAAAUCUGGAGUAAAUCAAAUACUAACGCUGAAGAAGUUCUCCUUGAUCUAUGGACAAAGGCCGAAGUGUCGAUUGAGAGUGAAGAGUUCAAAGAUCCGUGCAAGUUUCAGCGGCUGCAGUGAACCCACGAAUUGAACCUAGAGUUUGCAAUUUGCGCCCCGUUGAUGUUCGUUUUUCAUUGGGUGUAUGCUACACAGUGUACAGCGUACUAGCUAGUCUCAGAAAAUGAAACAGGCGCGGCGAAAGGAUCCAAUCGUAACCCAAUACAUUCCUCUCAUUCUUGCCGAUGUAGCAUCCACACUGCAUGCACGGUGUGGUUCAGUUCAUACACGGAGCUCUUGCUUGAGCUGCAUGAUCCCAAGCCUCGUGCUCCCUUAAUUGGGAAUGGUAAAAAUAGACUGCACGACCCU